UCACGAUCCCUGCUCUCUAACUCUACCAAUUCCUACUUUUCUCCUUCCGGUCUGAUCUCAUCAUCGCUUGCAUCUUCCUCUCCCGCUUCCCCCUCACUUUGCAUCCCAGGUUUCCACAUCAUCUCUCGAUCUGGAGCUAAGGUGGUCAGACGCGGACCAACUUUUCCCGUCACCCUUGCUCCCCAUCCCCCAAUCCCCCCAACCCCCCGGGCAACAGAGCUUGGGCUGGUGUAGCUUGAUUAGCUCUCCACAUACUUGGCAUCUGUCCCCCUGACAGGUUGACUUUUACACCGUCCCCAAUUUGCGGUAGCGGCAUUUCUACCCCAGUUCCUGCGUGCUGCUGUCACCCCCGCCCCCUCCGCCGGCGGUCAGGCGCGCCAUCAUGAGGUAGAAGAGCCCUAAUGUGGAGUAGUUAAAUAGAACGAUGGGACCUUCCUCUACAACCCGCCAGGGAAUUCCCCAGCUGCUCGGUUGUUUCCGUUCCACCCUCUGCCCUGCCCGUAUCACUCCCCGGCUUUUGUUCCUGUACUGCUGUCUGUGCCUUGUGGUCACCACUCUACUCGGAAUCAGAAUGCAUCUCAAGAGCUACCUUUCCACCGCCCUCUAUGGGCUGCCUGUACUGUCCCAGGCUGCAGUGGCAGUGACGAUGACGACAGACCCAUUCAAGGCCUACACCAUCAGCGCAAAGAACAUCAGUGCAACUCUGAUCCCUUACGGUGCACGCUUGACAUCGCUCAAAGUCCCAGACCGCAAUGGCAAUUUCCAGGAUGUGGUUGUAGGCUACGAUGAUCCAAAGCGGUACCUUCAAGACACGGAGACCAACCGCACUUUCUUUGGGGCCGUUGUCGGUCGGUACGCCAACCGCAUCAAGAACGGCACGUUCUCAAUUGGUACCGAGGAAUAUCAUAUUCCUGAGAACGAGAAUGGCGGCAAAGACACCCUCCACGGAGGCCCACUGGGUUAUGAUGGCCGCAACUGGACCGUCACCGCGUACUCCAACUCGUCCAUCACCUUCACUCUGGUUGACCGUGCCUUUGAGGAUUUUCCGGGUGAUGUGAUCACCCAUGCCACGUUCAGUGUCCAGACCGAGGCCACCAACGAGAAUCCAGAGGGCUUGCCCCAAUUGACCACCAAACUAGUCGCUCUGGCUCUGACGGAAACCACCCCUAUCAUGCUUGCCAACCACAUCUACUGGAAUUUGAAUGCGUUCAAGAACGAGACCAUCCUCGACGACACCUGGCUGCAAUUGCCUCUCUCCAAGCGCCUGAUUGGCACCGACGGAAUCCUUAUUCCUGACGGCAGCAUCCUCGACGUUAACACCGCCUACAAUGGCUCUGCGGACUUCACUGCAGGCAAGCUGGUCGGUCAGGACAUCGACGAGGCCGUUCACCUCUGCGGCUCCAACUGCACCGGGUACGACAACUGCUUCAUUGUCGACCGCCCUACGCAGUACACCGCCUCCAACUCCAUCGUACCCAUCGUGCGCCUAAACUCCAGCACCACCGGCAUCAGCCUGGAGGUCGCCACCAACCAGCAAGCCCUGCAGAUCUACUCCUGCAACGGCCAGAACGGCACCAUCCCCAUCAAGGACUCCCAGAUCAAGCUCAACAAGGAAGAGGGCAUCGACGGCGCCGAGUACGUCAACAAGUACGGCUGUCUGGUAAUCGAGACGGAGGGCUGGAUCGACGGCAUCAACAACCCGGAGUGGGGCCAGCUGUCGGAUCAGAUCUACUCGCCUGAGACCGGCCCGGCCGUCAACUAUGCCACCUACCGAUUCGGCACCGUCUAGGCUGCUGCUGCUGCUGCGGGGCCGGCGGAAACAAGUUUUGCUUGAUUGCUUGAAUGUUCUCUUUUUAGCGACGCAAAAAAGAACAAUUUUUUCUCGAGGCAUAUUUCUAUGACACUUGGUCUUACCUCCUUGGCUCUUGAAACUAUCUUUUCGAUGUAGAAUCUCCGC